AUGAGUGAGGCGGCUCGGGAUCCUUCGCCCGCCGCGCCGCCGGCGGUGGCGGCGGCCACCUCCGAAGAGAAGAAGGGGAAGGAGCCGGAGCGCGACAAGCUGCCGCCCAUCGUGACAGCCGGCGCGGCCGCGGGCUUGGACAGAGGAGCCAAGGGCCAAAUUUCCACUUUCAGCACUUUUGUUUCAACUGUUACCCAGAAGAAAGAAGCCACUGAAAAUAGAAGUUCUCCUACACAUCUUGCUUUCCCUAACAUCAAGAACGUGAGAGACCUACCACCAAUUUGCCUUGAUGUUAGACAAAAACAGCGUGUUUCUGUAGAUGCAUUGUCAUCUGAAAUGAAGGCCCCAGUCCUUCCAGAACCUAUUCUUCCUAGCCAGCCCAAAACUAUGAAAGACUUUCAGGAAGAUCUAGAAAAAGUUAAGUCAUCAGGAGACUGGAAAACAGUUCAUGAUUUUUAUUUAAAAACAUUUGAUUCUUUCCCAGAAUUAAAUGCUGCAUUUAAGAAAGAUGCCACUACUUUAUUUAAUACCAUUGAAGACUCUGGGAUUAAUGCUAAAUUUGUGAAUGCAGUUUAUGAUGCCUUACUUAAUACUCCUCAAGAUAUUCAGAAGACAGUAUUAAAGGGAAUCAUUAACAGCCUGUUAAGAGAAUGGAAAGGCCCACGAACAAAAGAUGAUCUUAGAGCAUAUUUUAUACUUUUACAGAAUCCUCAAUUUAAUAAUACAUCUACGUAUGUCAUCUAUGCUCACUUGCUACGACAGAUAGCUACCUUAGUGGAAGCUGACCAUCAUUUCCUAGUUCACUGGUUUAAAAAAUUAUCCCAGAAGAGGUUCAAACAAUUGGUAGAGAGAUUGCUGCAGUUUAUUUCUUUACGACUGUUUCCUGCAAAGCCUGAAGAAUUUCCACCUAUAACAAAGUGUUCCUGGUGGAUUCCAUCAGCAUCUAAAGUGUUGGCUUUACUUAAUACUGCAAACAACUUGGUUCACCCUCCUCUUACUUCUUAUACUGAUUUCUAUAAUUCUACAUUGGAUCACAUUGAUCUCAUGGAAGAAUAUCACACUUGGCAGAGCUUUGGAAACUCUCACAGGUUUUCCUUCUGUCAGUACCCAUUCGUUAUUUCUAUAGCUGCAAAAAAAAUCAUUAUUCAGAGAGACUCAGAACAACAGAUGAUAAGCAUCGCAAGGCAAAGUCUGGUGGAUAAAGUAUCUCGAAGACAGAGACCUGACAUGAAUAUGUUAUUUCUAAAUAUGAAAGUAAGGCGGACACAUCUGGUUAGCGAUUCACUUGAUGAGCUAACCCGGAAGAGAUCAGACUUGAAAAAGAAAUUAAAAGUUACAUUUGUAGGGGAAGCUGGUUUGGAUAUGGGUGGCUUAACUAAAGAAUGGUUCCUUCUUCUGAUUCGCCAGAUAUUUCAUCCAGAUUAUGGCAUGUUUACAUAUCACAAGGAUUCACACUGCCAUUGGUUUAGCAGCUUUAAAUGUGAUAACUAUUCUGAAUUCCGAUUGGUUGGAAUUCUUAUGGGACUAGCUGUUUAUAACAGCAUCACCUUGGACAUUCGUUUCCCUCCUUGCUGCUACAAGAAAUUAUUGAGCCCUCCCAUCGUUCCUAGUGAUCAAAUUACACCAGUAGGCAUCUGCAGUGUUACCAUUGAUGACUUAUGUCAAAUUAUGCCUGAAUUGGCCCACGGAUUAAGUGAACUCUUAUCAUAUGAAGGCAAUGUUGAAGAAGAUUUCUAUUCAACAUUCCAGGUUUUUCAAGAAGAAUUUGGAAUAAUUAAGACUUACAAUUUAAAGCCAGGGGGUGAUAAGAUUCCAGUUACCAAUCAAAAUAGAAAAGAGUAUGUUCAGCUUUAUACUGACUUCCUUCUGAACAAAUCUAUCUAUAAACAGUUUGCUGCAUUUUAUUAUGGAUUUCAUAGUGUAUGUGCUUCAAAUGCCCUCAUGCUGCUUCGUCCAGAAGAGGUUGAAAUUCUGGUCUGUGGGAGUCCUGAACUGGAUAUGCAUGCUCUUCAGAGAAGUACUCAAUAUGAUGGCUAUGUGAAAACUGACCUGACUAUAAGAUACUUUUGGGAUGUUGUGCUUGGAUUUCCUCUUGAUCUUCAAAAGAAGUUACUACAUUUUACUACAGGAAGUGACAGAGUACCUGUGGGAGGGAUGGCUGAUUUGAACUUUAAAAUUUCAAAGAAUGAAACUUCUACUAACUGGUUACCUGUGGCUCACACCUGCUUCAAUCAACUUUGCCUUCCCCCAUACAAGAGCAAAAAAGAUCUGAAGCAGAAAUUGAUCAUUGGCAUUUCAAACUCAGAAGGUUUUGGACUUGAGUAACCUAGAAGACUUGAAAUACAUUUUAUAUGUAGCAUUCACUUCCCUCUUACUGUGCCUUUAACCUUUUCAUGUUUCUGUCUCAAAACACUUUCACAAAGCUUACCAACUUUGAAAUACUGAGGUUUUUUUAAGUGAAAUAUAAAGUAUGUGUAAUGAAGGCAUAAUUUUGUAAAACUACAGAAAUUUUUUGAGCGAGAAAAAGCAUAUGGCAGUGGCAGGUCUGAGUCCCAAGCUCUUUUUUACAGCACUUUAUCAUUUUCCAUACAUAGUUUGUCAUAGGUGUUCCACGGGGAAAGCGAAGUUCAGUGAAGAAUGCGUUUAGGACAUAGUUGAACCCAGCGCAUACUGCGCUGCCAGCACACCGUAGCAAAGCAAAUAGCUACAUUACCUUUAACAUAAGGCAGAUGUAGUUUACAGGGUCUUUUAAUAUACUGGCUUUGGGUCCCAUACAAUCUUUUCAGCUGUUGCUGAAAAGCAUGUAAAUAACUGCACAAUAGCAGAAGAAUAAUGGGAUUUUGAUAGUGCCAUUUAUUGCUACAGAUUUAUUUUUACAAAGUCAAUUCAGGGUUUUAGAUGUGUAUACAGCUUUUACAAAUCAAUAGAUGACUGUACAAGAGUAUUUUCAAACUAGGAUUCAAGGUUAUAUUCUUUUAAGUGUUACUCUGCAUGCAUGUUGGCAGUAAACCUGUCACUUGAGUACUCUGUAAUAUUUAUAUAAUGAAUACUUCUUAAAGAUUAAAAUGUUAGAACAAAUCACAUCUAACUAGUCAUUGAUGAAUUAUAUCAACUAUAAGCACAAAAAGAACUGCUUUUUAUAUUUUUUGAUUGAUGUACAAGACUUAUAUCUAUGUUUUUUGAUCACCAGUUGUACUGAGAUAUUAAUCUCUGGAAAAGGUAGGUUAAGGUAUUUGACAAAAGUGAAGACAAUAAUAACAUUUGUGUCAAAAUGAUGUUGCUUGGUAUACUUCAACAUUUUGGCCAAAGUAUUUGUUUUUCACUGGAUUCUGAAUAUAGUAAAUCCAAAAGUACCCUUGUUUUUCAUUUCUAAUAAUGUAGCAUGUAAAAGAAACUGCAUUUUUAAGUCAUGCUAAAUGUUUUUUAAUUAUACAUAUGAAGCAGUUUUAUUAGCAUGUUACACAUAUUUCCAUAUCAAGAUUUCUCUUAUUCUUUGAUAGCUUUUCUUCAGAGAAAACUGAAGUUAUAUUUGCAAUAAUAAUGAAACCAGCAUCGUGUACCAGCAUAUGGUUCAUAUGAAAAUAAUACUUUCCCAAAAUCUUUUCUGAGGUAGGCACUCCCUUGUUGCUAUGCUUCCUGCACCCAACCAGCAGAAUUCAAGGGUGGGGGAACUAAUGGACUUGUUUUCCUAUAGUUCUGAAGCCAAUCCACAAAUCUCAGAGACUAUUCUCCUUGAGACUGAAAUGACUACUUUUCCAUAAGAGUAAACUAUAAAGGGUAUUUCUUCUUAAAAAUCUUGGAGAGCCUUAGAGAUUUAAAGGCAUAUUGGUUUGGUUUGAUUUCACUGUUUUUAAUCAAUCCAUAUGCAAAUAAAACUGCUUCUGUCUUACACUGCUUGAACUAGAAAGUAAGAUGUCAAAUGUAGGUUACUACUAACUAAUAAGCACAAAGAAUUAUGUAUAAGAAAUCAGAUUUAAGUGUUUUAAGUAAAAUGUAAACAAAGUUUAUAUUUGCUAGAGAUGAACCAUGGAAAAUAGUGUUGGCUUGGUCUGCAUGUAAAUGAUGUUUCUGUAUAUUGAUAGCCAUGUCACUUUAAGUAAGAAGUACACAAGCAAGCCAAAUUUUAAGUAACAAAGUACAUAAAUAACUGGAGAAUUUUUGUUGUCUGUUAUUAAGUUGAAAUUUAUAACCGUUUAUUACUAAAUUGCACACUAUCCUCUGUUUUGGUUUACAGUGUAAUAAUACCUCAUUUAAAAAGUAAAAAUCACUACUGUUACAUUUUAAUUUAAACAGCUUAGAAAAUUUAUGUAGCUACUUUUUUAUAUCAGUCUGUUAAUGAAUUCUUAAUUUUUGUAUUUGCCAUAGUAAAUUAAAGCAUUGUGCAGU